CCACCGCAGCCACUCCACCGAGGCGAGAGUCCAGAUCCUUCCAGCCCAAAAACCCUAGACGCCGCCGCGCCCAGCUCCCUCGCUCCCCUCGGCCCGCCGGGAUGGAGCACGACGCGCCGCCCGCCCCCUCGCACCACGCCCAGGACGACGGCGCCGUGGACGACUGGGCGCGCGACGACGCGGAGCCGUCCGAUCGGCACGCCGCCCCCGCGGAGGAGAGCCCCGAGCCCGCGGACGCCGCCGCCGCCCCCGCGCCACCAGCGGAAGGUGUCAAUGACAUUCAGUCAUCACUUCAGUCGUUGGAGUUGAAGACAAAUGCUCCUGCGCAUGAGGAUGUUCAAAUGGUAGCAGAUGAUGAAGAGGAAGAAAAGCGCCAUAUAAAUUUGGUUUUCAUCGGCCAUGUUGAUGCGGGGAAAUCGACUGCUGGAGGGCAAAUAUUGUUCUUGAGUGGUCAGGUUGAUGACCGGACCAUCCAGAAAUAUGAAAAAGAAGCAAAGGAUAAGAGCCGAGAAAGUUGGUAUAUGGCUUAUAUUAUGGACACAAAUGAGGAAGAGCGACUUAAGGGGAAGACUGUUGAAGUUGGUAGAGCCCACUUUGAGACUGAAAAUACAAGAUUCACUAUCUUAGAUGCACCGGGCCAUAAAAGUUAUGUUCCAAAUAUGAUAAGUGGUGCAUCUCAAGCUGACAUUGGUGUUCUGGUCAUAUCUGCUCGGAAAGGUGAAUUUGAAACUGGUUAUGAAAGAGGAGGCCAGACUCGUGAACAUGUACUGCUUGCAAAAACUCUAGGUGUUGCUAAGUUGGUAGUUGUCAUCAACAAGAUGGAUGAACCUACAGUACAAUGGUCAAAAGAAAGGUAUGAUGAAAUUGAAGGGAAGAUGAUUCCUUUUCUCAGAUCUUCAGGGUACAAUGUUAAGAAAGAUGUCCAGUUCUUGCCUAUUUCUGGUCUUUGUGGAGCCAAUAUGAAGACCAGAAUGGAUAAAAGCAUUUGUAGUUGGUGGAACGGUCCUUGCCUUUUUGAAAUUCUGGACAAAAUCGAAGUUCCUUUGCGUGAUCCCAAAGGGCCAGUAAGGCUGCCAAUUAUUGAUAAAUAUAAAGAUAUGGGCACAGUCGUAAUGGGAAAAUUAGAGAAUGGGACUAUCAGAGAGGGUGAUAGUUUGUUGGUUAUGCCAAACAAGACCCACGUGAAAGUCACUGGUAUAAACUUGGAUGAGAAGAAAGUACGACGUGCUGGACCCAAUGAGAAUGUACGUGUCAAAGUGUCUGGAAUUGAAGAGGAGGAUAUCAUGGCAGGUUUUGUACUUUCAAGUGUUGCUAAUCCUAUUGGUGCUUUCACUGAAUUUAAUGCCCAACUGCAGAUUCUAGAGUUGCUUGAUAAUGCUAUUUUCACUGCUGGUUACAAGGCAGUGUUACACAUCCACUCUGUUGUUGAGGAGUGUGAGAUUGUUGAUCUCAUAGAGGAAAUUGACAUGAAGAAAGCGAAAGUAACUGACCCAAAGAAAAAGAAGACCAAGAGGAAGCCUCUUUUUGUGAAGAAUGGUGCAGUUGUAGUUUGCCGCGUCCAGGUGACUAAUUUGAUAUGCAUAGAGAAGUUCUCUGAUUUCCCUCAGCUUGGAAGGUUUACUCUACGAACUGAAGGCAAGACAAUAGCUGUAGGCAAGGUUGUUGAUGUUCCUCCAGUUGGCAGGUCAACGUUUUCAGCUUAAGCCAAUUUUGACAGGAUGAUGGGAGAAUGAAGUGGCGCUGUCUCGAAAUAGGUUUUGGAAGCAGUAAGAUCGAUUUUUCCAGCCAGGCUCCAUGAGUCACUUAGCAUUAGUUUAUUGCUGAGGUCCCUUUAUUGAGUUGGGGUGUAUAAGUGUUGUAGCUCUGGUCACAUGUUUGAGUGGUUGUAAAAUCAGUGUGGUUAUAUGUUCCCGCUACCCAAUCUGAUAUGACAAUAUAACACAAGGUGUACUGUACUCCCAUCUUUUUUCCUCCACGCUACGGAAAGCUGCUCCCAGUUUCAAACAUUCAUGUACCACGCUUGAGCUUGUGUAGUUUAUUAGUUGCUUUGAUGUA